UUACUAUUUUAGCACGAUAAGGAGAAGAGGAGGAGAAAUAGAAGGAAAAGAUGGAGGUACCACAGUCGUGGAGGAUGAGGUUCUCCUUCAGAAACGCGACCAUAGUGGUGUGCUUCUUGAACGUUGUCACCGCUCUACUCUUGCUUCAGGGCUUCCUCUCUUCCGCCUCUUCCCGAAGCAAAAUCUCUGCUUCUCAGUACCAUUCUGCUCAAAUCAGGUAUAUCAAGGAAUCUGAAGAGAUCCGUCUUGCUAUGCAACCCUUGGAACUGAUUAAAAGAGUGAGGGAAAUUGAGCAAGAAGUAUAUGCAGAACCAGAAACUGUCCAACAGAAAGAUACAAAGCAAACUGCUGCAGUUGAUCUUUCUAAAAGGUUAAAUGAUUUACGUAGCUUUAAUGAUGCUGGCAGCUUGAAAGCGCUCGAGGAAUGGCGGAAAAGGAAGAUGGAUCGAGCCAGACAGCGAGAGCUAGAGAAAAAUGGAACAGUCGCCUCUCAAGCCUGAUUGAUAACUUUUUAAAGAAAAUGUUGACUUUGAUCUUGGAUGUAUCAACCCUCGUCACCAGCUUAAUAUCAAGUUGUGUGAACUUUACUCAUAUUCUUGUAUACAUAUCACUACUUGCUUUGAUAAAAGAGUUUCUGUGUAAUUCAUUA